UGUACGUGUCACAAGAGUCAGGCAAUCCGCAGAAAACUCUCUCUGAAGAGGAAACUGAGGAAAUGGAAGAGGAUGAAUCAAAGUCUGAGAAAAAGGAGGACAAAAUUGAAAUGCAAAAUCAAAAUAAUUCCUCUGAGGGGUUUGAUAGUUUGAGCUAUAUUCACUGCUAUAAUUCUGAUCUUAUGAAAGUAGCUAACAAUAGUGAUGCUGAAAAAGUAUUGCACCACUAUCAUAUCACAGAAGACGAAGUAGAGGUCUCUGGUUGUCUUGGUAUGGAUUAUAAUCAGCACUUUGGUGGUGGUGUGAUGUACUGGAAUCAUUUUGACCCUAUUCAACAGUUCUUAACUAUGGGGACCACAGAUGGUAUGCUGAAAGCAGUUGGAGGGAACAACAUGGAAGGUCCUAUGGUAUGGGAGCUGGAGAACAAACACUUAUCUUCUAUAUUAAAAAGGAAGUCAAACCUACCCACAUUCUCUGCUAUUUAUGGCAUUCAUUACACGUUUAGGGAGAUGAACGAUGACGAUAUUCAACCCACAGGACGUC